AAUAAUGAUGGUAAUAAAAAACGGCGCGCGCGGGAGCGGCGGUUCCCGCCCGGCCGGGCCGGGCCGCGCCUCCCCCGGCCCCGGCUCCUCCCCGCCCCGCCCGGCGGGGCUCCAGCCCGGGGCCGCCGCGUACGUGAGCCGGCCGCGGCGGGGACGGGGAUUUCAAAACAAGCUGCGGCGGGUGGAAGGAGGGAGGGAGAAAGGCGGGAAUAGCGUCGGAGCGUGUCCGAGAUGGCGAGCGUGCUGUCCAGGCGCCUGGGGAAGCGCUCCCUGCUAGGCACCCGCGUCUCUGCCCCCAGCGCUUUGGCCGAGGGGGUGCUGGUGGCCACCCAGAUCCCUGGCUUGCAGACUGACCUCGGCCGGGCAUCUGCCCACGCAGCACCGCGAGAGGACGGAUCCUGCGUGCCACCAAUGCCUUCGGCAGAGGAGAGCAACCAGGCACCCAGGUUACCUAGCCCCAGUCGCCAGCAGCUCUGCACCGGGCAGCAGGUCCUCGUCACCUACAACGGGCAGGAGUGCGCUGGCCUUGUGGAGCAGUACAACCCACUGAGUGACAAGGUGAAGGUGCUGCUGCCAGAGCAGGGCUUGCAGGCGUGCUGGAGGGUGCAAGACGUGCAGCCGGCCGCGCUCCAGCCCCCCAUCCUGCCCACCGCUGGCGGUCCUGGCCCUGCCGAGGCACUGCAGAGAUCCGUAUCCAGCAGUAUCGAUGUACCUAAAAGGAAAGCCGAUGCCGCUGUGGAGAUGGAUGAGAUGGUGGCAGCCAUGGUGCUGACGAGCCUCUCCUGCAGCCCAGUGGUGCAGAGCCCUCCCGCUGGCGAGAGUGGCAUCCCCCCCUCACGAGCGGCGUGCGAUCCCUGGAAGGAGAGCGGUGACGUCUCUGACAGCGGCAGCAGCACCACCAGUGGGCACUGGAGCGGUGGCAGCGACAUCUCCACCCCUUCGCCCCCCCAUCCUGCGGGCAGCCCCAAGUAUUCCAGUGAGGCCCUGAGCUCCCCCCAGGCGGACGACGGCUUCGAGACCGACUCUGACCCCUUUCUCCUCGAUGAACCCGCUCCACGCAAGAGAAAGAACUCGGUGAAGGUGAUGUACAAGUGCCUGUGGCCGAGCUGUGGCAAGGUCCUGCGCUCCAUCGUCGGCAUCAAGCGGCAUGUCAAGACCCAGCACCUCGGGGACAGCGCAGACUCUGACCAGCGGAAGCGGGAGGAGGAUUUCUACUACACCGAAGUGCAGGUGAAGGAAGAGCCGGCGACGGAGGCAGCUGCUGCCGCCAGCCCCACGUCUGCAUCCGCCCCCAUCAUCAUCCAGCAAGCCCUGGCGAAGCCGGAGGCACUCCUGGUGGAGCAGCCGGCGCUGGAGCCCGCCCUGGCCAGCAGCGCCCUGAGCCAGUCUGCCCCCAGCUCCUUCUGGCAUAUCCAGGCUGAUCACGCCUACCAGGCAUUGCCCUCGAUCCAAAUUCCAGUGUCCCCCCACAUCUUCACCAGCAUCAGCUGGGCUGCUGCCACCUCGACUCUCCCGUCCCUGUCACCGGUGCGGAGCCGGUCGCUCAGCUUCAGCGAACCUCAGCCACCGACACCGAUGCUCAAGUCCCACCUGAUCGUCGCCUCGCCACCCAGGGUGUCCAUCGGCACCAGGAAAGUCCGCGGUGAAGCCAAGAAGUGCCGUAAGGUGUACGGCAUCGAGCACCGGGACCAGUGGUGCACGGCCUGCCGGUGGAAAAAAGCCUGCCAGCGCUUCCUGGACUGAGCGCAGCACCGCGGUGCCGCAUCCUGCCCCUGCUCCUGCCCGGAGUCCCUCACUGCUGCAACCAGGGACCUUGGAGGUACCUCCUGUGACCCCAGAAGACACCUCCAGAGCUGCGUGUAAAUUCCUCCUUCUGUAUAUUGUACAACUGCUGGGUUUGCUCUUUUUUUUUUUUGUGUUGUUUUUUUAAAAAAGACUUUUUCCAACUUUUUUUCUUUUUUUAAAAACCUGAAGAAUAUCUCCCUUUGUACGGUAAACCUGGGGCUGGAGGGAAGGAAGCCGGUUCCUCACGGUUCGGGUGGAGAUUGUAGGUGGUUUGGGGACCAAAGAACUUCCUGCAUUUCCCAGAUCAGUCCUAAACACCUCCCAAACUGUCACAGCGUGGCAGGAGUGAGGCCUUGAGGCAGCUUCCUGUGUCCUUUGACUACCCAGCAAGUGCGAAUCCCUUGUAUCCUUUAAGGGAGGGGAUUGGUCACAAUUAUAGCUUUAAAAAAAGAAAUGCUGUUGGGUUGUUGCAAGCAGGGCGGGAGCGGUUCUCAGGGCAGGAGUCGGACGUUUCUGUCCCUGCGUGGACGUGGUCUUCGCUCAUGUCACGUCAUGCCGGUAGCUUGCGCCUGCGGGUGACUCUGGUCGGAUCCAGCGCGUCGGUUUUGGAGGCAUUUUGGGGGGGGGGAAAAGCCCACCCAAAACACUUUAAUCAGGAAAACAGAACUUUUAAGGCGAAACCUGGUGUUCCUUCUCAUUUUAGGCUUUGUGAGUCUGCUUAGCUCCAUGAAAAUCUACGUCACGGCCCUCACCAUGUCUUUCAAAACUAGCCGAGCAAUUCUUUUUCUUUUUAUUUAACGAUUCCACCAGGAAAGGCAGCUGGGAGGACUGGGAAGGGCUUUCCUGCAUCCUCACCAUAUGGCCCCAAUUCAGCAAAACACCUCAACGCUUACUUUUGAAUCCCGUCAAGCCUGGUGGGGGUCAGGUUUUUGACUUCCAUCCUUUAAAAAGAUACAUUUUCCCCACCCAAAUUCCUGCUGUUUCCCGUGACUGGCACGGCUGUCCCACCGACACCAGCAGCGCUGGCGGGGCCGUGCACUCGGUGUCGGGCCGAUGAGCUGGAUUGCCCCAUCACCUUUCUCCCCUCGCUGGGGCAGGCAGCCCUUUUGGAUUUUUUUUUUGUUUGUUUCGGGUUUUUUUUGCUGCGUUUUUGAUAAUCAUAGGCCAUAACCCGCAGCCAUCGAGCGAGCACAAUCCCUUGAGCCCAGGCUGAGACUCAAUUUCCCUUAUAAAAGCAAAUAAGGUGAUUGGGAGAGUCCGAUAUUGUUCCUGAAUCUCUGCGAGCCCUGUUGUUGAAGGGGAAAAAGCAGGAGCAAAACUUCCCAGGUGGGUCUGGGCAAGCCUGGCUUAAAUCCCAGGGAAGAGAAGGGGGUUUUGCUCCUUGAGAGCCGCUCUCUGACUCCUGUCCCCGCUGGAGUGUGGUGUUAGGAGCAAAAACAUCAGGAAAAGCCUUUUUCUCUCCCGUCGGCCUUGGAGGCUCUUUGCAGGUUCCCAGGUUGAGCUUUUUAUUGCAAGAAGAGCUUUGGGAAGCGCGUUGCAGGCCGGUGCUCCGCAUCCACAGCUCUGGUAACAAUUCACUGCGUGGCGGGCUUGUUGCACUACUCAAAAAGAGGUAUUUUUAUAAUAUUAAAAAAAAAAAAUCGCCCACACCUUUGCUGCUGUCCGAGCUCCGGUGUUUGACUGGCUGAGCCAGCGUUAUCCCUCCUGCAAUGCCCGAGAUGCUGGUGGCUCCCCGGAAGCGAGCCGGAGCUCUGGGAAGUCCCACAAAGCGCCUCGCUGCAUUCUCAUUUUCCAAAUAUUUUUUUGAAAAACAGGGCUUGAGGCAGUGCCCAGAGCGUGGAAGGAAAAAAAAGGGUGAAUUUGUGCUUUCCUCAGACCUUGUGCCUUUGUCCCCAUGACUCGGAGAGACCCAGGCAGGGCCGGAGAUUUUUUACUUCCUCCUUUUUAUGCUCUUUCCGCCCCAAACUGUGUCGAGCAGUGCCUGGACACGACCCGGCUCCCGCGACUCCCGGCUCAGUCACUCAGGAAAUGUCAAACGAAGCCAUCGGGGUGUGGGGUUCAUCCCAUCCCCCCCCCAAAACCAGCAUCGGACACCCCCAGCCCUUCCCAGCGCAGAUCUGCCUCAGAGAUCGGGCUUUUCACUCAGGUCUCUGGAAGAGAGUGAAAAUAACCUGCUGCUUUUCUGUUAAAGAUGCGCUUUUAAAAAAAAAAAAAAAAAACAAAAAAAACCCAAAAAAUAUAUAGAAAGGGAGAAAAAGGUGUUGAUGGCUUUAGAACGAGCAGGCGCGUGCGGCGUGCAGUGUCCCCCGGUGAGACGGGGGGCUGGCGGGACCCCUCGCAAGGCCUGAGGAGGGGCCUGUGGGAGUGUUUGAUACCGGUGGGGAGCUGUCGGGGCGGCAGGAGCCUACACCCUCUUUUCCGAGGGUUUUUGUGGUACGGAUUUCACUGGACAAACUUGUCCUUAUGCUUCUGCCUCUUUUUUGUUAUUGGGUUUUUUUUUUUAAUUAUUUUUAAUGGAGAAACUGGUGCAGGGUGCGUUGUUCUGUUUUGUUUUGUUUUUUUUUAUUAUUUUCCCUCUGGUUUGGGAGUAUUUUUACACUUCAAACCAGAAAAACCUCAUAUUCUUGCAGAAAUUACAGCAGGCUUCCACCGUUACCGGGUUGGUUGGCAUUGGAUAUAUAUAUUUUUUUUUGUCUUUUCCCUAUUAUUUCCCUUUCCUAUCAUUUUUUAACUCGCUUCCAGCCACCUCCCGACCGUUGGACUUUUCCUCCCGACCCUUGAGUCUCGCUGGUCUCAAGAAAACUCCUCUUCAGCCCCAACCGCGGGUCACCCCGACCUGUAAAUCCAGCUUGGAGAGUUUUCCCUCAUCCAUCCGGCUGUCUCCCGGAGCAUGUAUAUGUAUGUAUAUAGCAACCUCUUCGUUGGGCACUAAUUAAUUGGAGGCUGCUCCCCCCUCGGGACGCUCUGCCCGCCCUGCUGCUGGUCGAGGGGGGACCCCGAAAGGCGAAGCGAGGGGGUUUAGCGCAGGGUGACCCCCCCCUGCUGUCUGUCGGGGCCCCGUCGGUGGGAGGCGUCACGGGGAAGGGGUUGGGAACGUCGUGGCCGUGCCCCUGUGGGGCCACCGGCUGAGCAGGGACGGUGCUGUGUUAGUGAAUUUUCUGUCUCAUCGGAGCUUUUUCUCAGCUGUCUUCCAAGUAUUAUUUUUAUUGUAAAAAAGAGGGGAAAAAAAAAAAGGAAAAAAAAAGUUAAAAAAUGUGAAAUGUAAUUUUUACAGCAGCAAUAUGAAAUAUAUUUUAUAAGAAAUAAAAAGAAAAGUUGCCUGGUA